AUGCGGUUUGAGCAACCUUAUCAUUCCCCUGAAUCCAAUCCAGACCAUUUUCUAUCUACGGGCUGCCCGUCGUUGGACGCGCUCGCGGACGGCGCGUGGGAGGAGGGGGAGCUACGCGCGAGCGACUUUGGCGGAGACUUCGUGUUCGGAUUCGCUACUAGCGCCGCUCAGUUCUCAUUCAUGCUCUCAUGCACACAACACGGUUACUGUCACCUAUCUUCACAUACCCUGCUUAUUCCGCGCCUCUUCCCUUCCCCCUCGUCCCCCUACCUUUCUCUCCCCUUUCCCCUCUCUCUUCCUUCCCGCGAUCCUCCUCCCCCUUCCCCUCUCUCUUCCUUCCCGCGUCCCUCCUUCCCCUUCCCCUCUAUCUUCCUUCCCGCGUCCCCCCCCCCCCUCACCACCCCUUCCCCCUAUGCGCUGCCCCAGGUGGAAGGCGCAGUGGCGGAGGGCGGAAGGGGGAGAAGCAUCUGGGACGACUUUGCGGAGAGGGCAGGUGGGGGGAUGAGGGGAUGGAGAGCAGAUAAGGGGGAAAUGGAGAGAGGGGAGGAUGACGUGGCACUGCUCAAGGCUAUGGGGGCGACCUCGUACCGCUUCUCCAUUUCCUGGUCUCGAAUCAUCCCCGACGGCGUGGGAGCAGUGAGCGAGGCAGGCGUGCAGCACUACAGCCGCCUCAUAGACGAGCUGCUGGCCAAUGGCAUCGCGCCAGCUGUCACGCUGUACCACUGGGACCUGCCGUUGCACCUGCACGAGGCACACGGGGGGUGGCUCAACGCGAGCAUCGUGCACGCCUUUGUUCGGUACGCGGAUGUGUGUUUCUCUCGCUUUGGCGACAGGGUGAAGACGUGGAUCACAUUCAAUGAGCCGCGGCAAACUGCUGUGCAGGGCUACGGUUACGGCACCAUGGCGCCUGGCCGCUGCUCAAAUCGCACUUCAUGCGAGCAAGGAGACUCAUCCGUUGAGCCUUACGUCGUCUCUCACCACAUCCUGCUGGCCCAUGCUGCUGCUGUGGCUGUCUAUCGGAGGAGAUACAGCAGCCAAUGGGGAGGAGGGGGGCGCAUAGGCAUGACGAUGGAUUGUGUGUUUCUGUACGCGGCUGAUGGCACCCGGGGGAGUGCGGACGCGGCGCAACGAGGCAUGGAGUUCUCAUUCUCCUGGUGA